AUGGCCGACAUUUUGGGAGUCAUUGCCAUCAUCUUCUUCUACGUUUUAAUUUUGAUAGUAGGAAUAUGGGCAGGACGUAAAACCAAGGAUGCAAAGGACUUGAUUGAUCAAGAAGGGGCUCACACGGAAGAAGUGAUGUUAGCGGGAAGAAACAUCGGCACUCUAGUUGGUAUUUUCACCAUGACAGCGACUUGGGUUGGAGGAGCGUAUAUCAACGGAACAGCAGAAGCGCUCUAUAAUGGCGGUCUUCUUGGCUGCCAAGCGCCGAUCGGCUACGCGCUAUCGCUCGUCAUGGGAGGAUUGUUUUUCGCUAAGCGCAUGCGAGACGAGGGAUAUGUGACGAUGCUGGACCCCUUCCAGAUUAAAUAUGGUCAGCGAGUAGGAGGGCUGAUGUUUCUGCCUGCGCUGCUUGGUGAAGUAUUUUGGAGCGCAGCCAUUCUAUCUGCACUUGGUGCAACUCUCUCUGUAAUCCUGCAAAUUGACAUGAAUCUAUCGGUGAUCAUCUCUGCUCUCAUUGCCAUCUUCUACACAUUCACUGGUGGACUUUACGCCGUUGCGUACACUGAUGUCGUGCAAUUAUUCUGUAUCUUCGUUGGUUUGUGGGUCUGUGUACCAGCCGCUUUGUUACAAGACGCAACGAAGGAUAUUUCACGCAAUGCGGGGGACUGGAUAGGAGAAAUCGGUGGAUUCAAAGAAACAUGGCUAUGGAUCGACUGCAUGCUUCUUCUGGUGUGUGGAGGAAUACCAUGGCAGGUCUACUUUCAACGAGUGCUCUCAUCAAAAACAUCAACUGGAGCACAGAGGCUUUCGUUCGUUGCUGGAGUUGGAUGUAUACUCAUGGCAAUUCCACCAGCGCUUAUUGGAGCUAUAGCUCGCAAUACAGAUUGGAGAAUGACGGAUUACUCACCGUGGAACAACGGUACCAAGGUCGAAGCAAUCCCAGAAGACAAGCGAAAUAUGGUGGUUCCUCUAGUGUUCCAGUAUCUCACACCCAAAUGGGUAGCAUUUAUAGGACUGGGAGCAGUGUCAGCCGCCGUGAUGUCAUCAGCUGAUUCUUCAGUGCUUUCGGCUGCAUCAAUGUUCGCUCAUAACAUCUGGAAGCUUACCAUAAGACCAAAUGCAUCAGAGAAGGAGGUAAUCCUGAUAAUGAGAUUCUCUAUCGUUGCCGUCGGAGCAAUGGCUACCGUAAUGGCACUAACAAUUCAAAGUAUUUAUGGAUUAUGGUAUUUGUGCGCUGAUCUCGUUUACGUUAUUUUAUUCCCGCAACUUUUAUGUGUCGUUUACAGAAAAGAGAGCAAUACUUAUGGUUCACUUGCUGGAUAUGCAGUUGGUCUUGUUCUUCGACUUUCUGGAGGAGAACCGCUCCUGGGUCUCCCAGCAUUAGUGCAUUAUCCAAUGUACACAGACGGUAUCCAGUACUUCCCAUUUAAGACCGUGUCAAUGCUAGCAUCGCUAAUCACGAUACUUACCGUGUCUCGUAUUAGCGAGCACUUAUUCAAGGCGGGUCACUUGUCACCAGAACUUGAUGUGCUUGGAUGUGUAGUAGUCCCACCGGAAAGGAUUCCACUACCGUCGGAUGUUUCAUUCAAUGUUAGCAGUGAUACUCUAGCUAUGAACAAGGCAAAUGGACACGGCACUAACAACACUACAUUCACGGAAACUUCCUUACUUCAUCCUAAUUAUGCAGACCAAAAUUAUCUGUCGACCAAUUCGCAUUAGAUAGGUUUAAGCAAAUAUAUCAUUUUUGCAAUAAUACGAACAGAAUUCUAUCAUGAAUUUUUUGAUAAUUCAACAGCGACUGAUAGUAGAAAGUACAAUAGGUCUUUCCAUAGACUAGCAUUUUGUAUUAGAGUAGACCUAGGAGAUCCCAACUACGA